AUGAAAGAAAUUGCGAGCUUAAAUAAGACCGUCAGUGCGACUUUUUCCAAGAUUCUUAUUGACGCUAACCCAGCGCAGAGAACGCUGAAAAGCGCGGGAGACCUCCUUGCAUCGGCUCAAGCCUUUGUAAUCUAUGCAAUUUUAUGCUUGUUCCCUGAUGAAGAUUCUGUGCGGUCCGAACUCAGUGAGGAACAACUCAUCCUGGGUAUAUCCGAGUUUUCGCUGCAGCUAGCAUCCAGCGGCUUGGCCUUGCACGAAGAAACCACCGAUGGCCAAAUUCCCCAAUGGCACGAUUGGGCAAUCAUGUCGGCAAAGAGACGCACGAUUCUAACUAUUUACAUGCUCACUUGGGCGUGGUCUGUUUUGCGUAAUUACCCUUCCUUUUACUGCCACGAGCUACAGUUCAUGUUUGCGCCAUCUCCAAAGGCACUUUGGCAAGCCCAGACCGAAGCAGAGUGGCUAUCGCUGUAUCGGAAGUGGUUUCAAAGGUGGAAGGGAGACGGAUACAGAAUUGGAGAGUUACUCACAAUUCCACCAAAGCAGAUCGAUAGGAGGACGGAGGAUUGGUUAGAGGAGGUUGAUGAAUUUGGCAUGUUGUUAAUGUUACAAGUAAAUGCUAUUUAG